GAGCGCAGGGGGCUGGACAUGGCGCAGGUGUGCGAGGCCUGGAUCUGGAGCCUCAGCCUGGAGCAGCCAGUCCGAGACGGGCUGCCUCUGAGAAUGGCUCCCUGCAGCACAAGUUUAUUUACAAGGUUAAUUAAAAACCUUGUAAAUAAAACUGCCUACAAAACGACGGCUAGUGCUUCUUUGACAGGCUGAUAAUGUAACAAACUGUCAUUUAUGAUGUUUUAAGCACAGGUUUGGAGGGAUAGAUGGAUACUUUGACAUGCUGCUGUAGAGAGUAGGGACACGUGCAGAGUGUUAGGGCCAAUCACCUCUGGAGUGUGACAGGAGUAUAGACAGGAGUAUAUAUAUAUAUAAAACCUGAGGCCUCACUGAACCAGACUGAACCAGAGGAGAGCACGGGCUAACUGAAUCUCAGAAAACAAGACUGAGGAAAAAUACUUUGAACAUUGGAUAUGUUGAUGGUGGUCCUGAUGCCUGUGCCAUGUCGGAUGUGAAGACCGGUCCAAUUGUGAUCAGAAACCCCACUCCUCCAGAGUUUGUAAAUCCAAAGAAGCCUGGGCGGAUGACUAACCAGCUGCAGUAUUUGGAACGGGUUGUACUUAAAGCACUAUGGAAACAUCAGUUUUCAUGGCCUUUUCGACAGCCAGUUGAUGCUGUGGCACUACAUAUACCAGACUAUUAUAACAUUAUUACAAAUCCAAUGGACCUGGGCACCAUCAAGAAGCGUCUCCAAAAUAAGUACUAUUGGAAAGCAGUCGAAUGUUUACAAGACUUUAACACUAUGUUUUCGAAUUGCUACAAAUACAAUCGGCCAGGGGAUGACAUUGUUUUUAUGGCACAAACCCUGGAGAAGCUCUUUUUACAAAAAAUAUCCAAUAUGCCUAAAAAUGAGUGUGACAUAAAUGAAUAUAUGGGAAAAGAUGCUAUCAAACUUAAAAGUUUAUGUGAUACAGGUGAUGCAAAGCAUAAACCUUCAGCGUCUGAAGUUGUGGUUCAACAGACAACAGUUGUCCCCCCUGAGGCACCUUAUAAUCAUACUUCUGAAAAGAUCUCCAAAAUACACGAGGCCACUACAACUAAGCCCCUUAAGAGAAAGGCAGAAGCAGGAGUGCCACCAGUUCUACCCAAGGCUGAGGGAUUUUCUCAAGGAGAACCCUCCACUAUGGGUCUCCUGAGGAGAGGCAGCGGGCGAUCCAUCAAACCCCCCAAUAAAGACCUCCCAUCCUCCGAUGUGAAAAAGGGCAGAUUGACCGAGCAGCUCCGAGGCUGUAAUGACAUCCUGAAGGAGCUCUUCUCCAAGAGGCACUAUGCUUAUGCCUGGCCCUUCUACACCCCUGUGGACGCUGUGGCUUUGGGCCUUCAUGACUACCACGAAGUCAUUAAGCAGCCCAUGGACCUGGGCACUGUACGGAAAAAAAUUGAGGAACGACAGUACACAAAUGCCAAAGAGUUUGCUGCUGACAUCAGACUAAUGUUUUCCAACUGCUACAAAUACAACCAGCCAUCAGAUGAGGUGGUAUACAUGGCGAGAAAGCUCCAGGAUGUAUUUGAAGCGAGAUAUUACAAAAUCCCAAUGGAUUCUGAAAGUUCCCAUGUUCCUUUUCGGUAUUUGGAGAAAGAAACAGAAAACAGACUUGGAUGUCAUUCGACCUCAGAAAGCUCAGACAGUGAGAGCGCUUCAGAGACUGAAAACUCCACUGAGGAUGUAGCUGCACAGCUGGCCAAACUGGAAGAGUGGUUAAAAGAAAUGGGCGAGCAUCUGAGAAGAAUGAAGUCAAAAAAGGACAAGUUAAAAAAGGACAAAAAAUCUAAGAUUAUUUCUAAAUUAAAGCAUAAAUCAUCCAAAUACAAGUCUCUGCUGGAACAAAUGAAAAACAAGAAGGCCUUAAAAUACUUGAAAUGUGAGGAUGAAUUAUCAAGGCCAAUGUCUUACCAAGAGAAGAAUCAGCUGAAGCUUGAUAUCAAGUCUCUGCCCGGGGAGCGGCUGGGGAAGCUGGUGCAUAUCAUCCACGACAGAGAGGCUUGUCUCAGAGACUCCACAUUGGAGGAGAUUGAGGUGGACUUUGAUGGGCUCAAGAACUCCACUCUACUAGAGCUGCAGAAGUAUGUCUCGUCAUGUCUGAAGAAGGAAAAGAACAAAAAACAGCAAUGUAAGCCACCAGAAAAAAGACAGACUGCUAUUCUUAAAGAUGUGUGGAAAUCCCAGGUUGCCCAUAAAGAUCGCUUUGUAGUACAAAAAAAGCCACUGUCUCCCAAACAUUUGCCCUCGCAGUUUCCCCGAGUGCCAGCCCUCAGUGCGAGCAGCAGUAGCUCCAGCAGUGAGUCUGACUCUGAAAGUGCCGACUCUGACUUAGCAAAGAGAUGGAGCAAAGAAAGCUCGAUAAAGUCAACAGACCCCUGUGCUAGCGUUGGCAAACACAUCUCGGGACCUAAAGACCUGGGCACCGGACAGGUCAGACCACACCCCUGCCCCUUUGUGCACUCUUCAGUCCCAGAGAGUAAAAACCUGCAACCUAAACAGCCACUGACUGACUUCAACAGUAAUGAGCUGCUUCUGGCUCCCCCAGAUUUAUCAGCGCUUUUAUCUCCAAUGACUUCUCCAGGGAUCAUCCUGGAUUGGGCUUCUACCAGAUUUGAGCAAGAGCCUGUGCUGUCCCCUCUGAGCGAUAGUCCAGUGCAGCUGAAGGAUGAGAGUAGGUCCAAUUUCAGACAUUCUGAGGAUUUCACUUGCACCAACACAAGUAAAACCUCAGAGGAAGACAAAGCCCAACUGAUCAAAAAGGACAUUGUUUUGAAAAAUGCUGAGUCUUGGGCCAAAGUAGUGAGGGAGUCUGUUACUUCAGUCCCCAUCAAGUCUUCCAUGGAGAGUUUUCAGCAGUUCAGGAAGGCAGCGAUGGAGAAGGAAGAACGAGAGAGAGAGCUAAAGAAAAGACAUACUGAAAAACGCAUAGAGAAAGAAGCAAAUGAACAUAACAGUUUGCCAGGGCUGUUAAAAACUGAAAAGUGCCAGUCUCCAGAAAAACCUGCCUCCCCCCCGAGGAUUUGCAUAGACCCGCUUUCUGAAAUCCUAAAAGACGCUGAGAUCCAGAAGCCAGUAUCUCCUCAGGAACCCCAGGCUGUUCCUUCCCUCUCACCUGUGGACAAGGAACGAGAGAUCGCCCGGAGGAGGGAGCAGGAGCGGCGCAGGCGAGAGGCGAUGUGUGGCAUUGAUAUGUCAAUGCAGAGGGACAUCAUGACUAGCUUUGAGCUCAACUUGGACUAAACAAAAACAUGGGGGGAAAACUUUGAAAAUACUUGAUGACCUUUGGAUGCAAUAAAUUGUCGCUAAAAUAGAAUAUCUAUUGCAAAGUAGAAGAAUAUAUAUGUAUUGUAUUAUAUAUUGUUGCCUUUCAUUAUAAUUUACACAGUUUACACCCCCAAAAUGGAUUAAUUUGAUAAAUCAAGGUGCACUUGCAUGUUUGGUGUUGCACAAUUGACCAAAUCCUACUUUCAUUUUAUCAAUGUGGACAGUAGUGUAUACUCACCGUUUAACUUUCAUGUUGUAUAUUUCCACAUUGCAGUUAAAUGAAAUCUACAGAGUGAGCUUUUACCAUGUUACACAAUUCAAUCACAUUUGAUUUGGGCACCUUUUGCUCAUAAAUAUUUGUAAUAUAUACUUUCAUUGGUUAAACUACAUGACACAUCACUUUAUUUUGCUAAACUUUCAGUACCUGCACUUUCAGACCAUUCCACCUAGAGUUCCACACUUAAGAUUUGGACAGCAUAAGUAUUAUGUAUGUUACAGUUUGUUAUAAUUUUCUACUUGAGUAAUAAAGUUAUUUUUCACUACUUC